UUUAAACAGACCAUUCAUUGUUGUUCAUUAGCUUUAGCUGGCUAACAAGACCGGAGCGACAUUCAAGUGGCUCUUCGUGUGCGGUGUGCGUUUGAGCGUCUGUCAGUGUGUGUGUUCAUUUUUGUGCUCUGGUUGAUGUUUUGCAACGGGGAAGUUUACAAUUCAGUUAGCGUUAACACCUCAAUUUGUCGAGUUCGUUAAAGCGCUUUUCAUUCAAACCAAAAAAACAAAACAAAAGAGAUGAAUUAAAAAGAAAUUGACAAAAAUAAACAUUGUUACGGAUUAAUAAUCAAAACAAAUCAACGUGAGCGGAUAAAUGCAUUAAUAGCAAAAAAUACAUUUCAAUAAAUUUAAAAAAAAGACAAGCAGAAAAAAUUGUAUUAAUUAAUUAAAAAUUGUAAUAAUUUCAAAAGAAAAAUAUUAUUUUAUUUAAAAGAAAGUAAGCCAAAUUUAAACUGUGAACUAGUGCAUAAAAAUUUGAAAACAUUAUUCAUUCAAAACUUUGCGUUUUGAAUUUUUGUGUGUGUGCGUAAAUUUACAUCAUCAAAUUGGCUCCCUCCUAUUGUUCCAACAUGUCUUCACACGAAGAAGAUGAUCGCGAUGACAUCGACGAACAAGAGAUUCAUGUGGAUGUUGAUUCCGAUUCCCGUUUAUCCUGCGGUACUGGCUCAGAUGUUGACAUGGAUGGUGCCAGUUGUUAUGAUGAGUCUGAAGCUCCUCUAAGUGAAUCACAAUCAGAACAAACCCGAUCCUCGUCCAGUGAAAAUCUGCCCUUCAGCAUAUCGCGCCUGCUCUCGAAACCCUUCGAACACAACAACAAUAGCAAUAAUCACAACAAUAAUAAUAACAAUAGCAACCAUAACAACAACAAUAACAAUGAUAGUAAUAAAUCGAGCAGUAGUGAACAGGAUCUACAAAAUGAACAAGAUUUAGCUGCCUAUAAAUUAGCCACAAGCCUAGCUUCCAGUACCUAUGGCGGAGCUACUGCACUUUACACAUAUCCCCAUCUCUAUCAUUCAUCGGCGGCGGCGGCAGCAGCUGCCGGUCAUGUCUUGAGAGUACCACCACAGAGGACACCAUUGACAUGGGCCCUGCCGCCACUACAUCAUGCGGCGCUGGCACAUCAAGCGGUCAAGGACAGGCUGGCAGCUGCAUUUCCAAUUGCCCGCCGAAUUGGCCAUCCUUAUCAGAAUCGCACACCACCCAAGCGAAAAAAGCCACGCACAUCAUUUACACGCAUCCAGGUGGCUGAGCUAGAGAAACGGUUUCACAAGCAAAAGUACUUGGCAUCAGCCGAGAGAGCGGCCCUGGCUCGAGGUCUGAAAAUGACAGAUGCCCAGGUGAAGACAUGGUUCCAGAAUCGACGAACGAAAUGGAGACGUCAAACGGCCGAGGAACGUGAAGCCGAACGACAGGCUGCCAAUCGUUUGAUGUUAUCCCUGCAAGCCGAGGCCAUAAGUAAAGGAUUUGCUCCGCCACCAUCUGCCCCGCUCAGCUCUCAACCCGUCAAUGGUGCACCAUUGGCAGCACUGCACGGUCUUCAGCCAUGGGCCGAACCACAACAUGCAGCAGGAUGUUAAAAGAAAGCUCCAAAUAGGACAAGACAAAGUUGUGAUAAAUAACAGAACAAAAAGCAAAAAAAAAACAAAAACACCUUGUAAAUACAGAUGGCGCCCAACGUAAAUGCAAAUGCCUAGCCCCCCCUUAAAUCGCAAUAAAUACAACUAAAAACCCCCAAUUAUUUCCAAUACCAAUUCUUGUAGAUUUUUAUUCUAGUGUGUAGAACGAACUGUAAAAAAGGACAAACUAAUUUUAAUUCUACAAUUAUAGAUUUUGCUAUAGUAAUGCAUUAUAUUAACAUUAAGUGAAAAAAUAACACACAAACAAAUAAUCUGUUUAUUUAAAUGACCCCCUGUGUAAAUAGUUAAAUUUAAAAGCGUUAAGUUAAAAAAACCAACAAUUUCUUUAUUAUUACAAUGUAAUGUACGAAUAAUAUAGCGAGAAAUUUCCGGAAUCAAGCAAUAGUGUAAUAGACUCAGCUCAAUAGCAAUGCACCUUAACUCUCAUUUUUUGUGUGACGACAAUUCGACAAAAGGAACACCACAAAUGGAAAUAGCUAAGGUAACACAGUGUCCCACAACAAUUAUCAUUAUUGUAGAAAAUUAAUUAACAAAACAAAUUAAUGUUGAUAACAAUUAAGUCAUUAUGCUGGUAACUUAGUAUGUACUGUGUAUUGUGACAGCUAUAACAACACCAAGUGCAACAACAACAACAAAACAUGAAUAAUUCAGAUUAAAAACAAAAACACAUAUUUAUAAUUUGCUUGUAAUUUAAAGAAAUAAAAACAACAAGAAAAUGAAAAAAAAUACUUGCUUAAAACUUCAAAAAAUAAAAAUAGAAAAUUA